AUCAUCCUGGACAAGGUGAUAUCCCUGAGAAACACGACGGUGGACUUGCUAUUGAGGGAUACCAAUAGUGAACGCCAAAUCGAGGAGGACACCAACGACGUGAUUCCGACGAACAUCGACAAGUUGCAGGUGGAGGAGUUCGUGAUUAGCGACGAGACGAGCUACAAGUAUCCUGUGAAAAUAGAAAAAUCAGAGUUCAAUAUAACUCAAGAUUGUAACAAUAAAGAUUGUUUUUGGUACGAGAACAAUAGAACGGACAGAAGGAUAGAAUACGUUGGCAAUUGUGGAAGUGAUAGUGAUAGUGGGUGUAAUUGGAAAGAAAAUAACAAUAGCAACAUUAGUAGGAGCGAUAACGAAUCAACGGUGGCGGGUGACCUGGCUUGCCUCGCGGGAUAUAUGGCGGGGKAUUUGAAGGCAGCGGGUGCCACUUGUACCCCAACCGGAAGUCAUCAAUACCACCCCCACAGUAGCGCUGCUAUGGCAUUUGGAACGCAUCCACAUCCACAUUCUCAUCCGCAUCCUGGAGCUGCCCAUUCAGGGAUAUCGACGCAUUUUGCUCUUGCUGGUCACGGGCACCCCCAUCCUCACCCGUUGGAACAUAGCCUUGCAUUUCCACAAGGUAUGAAUCAGCGCAAGCAACGACGCGAGAGAACGACCUUCACGCGUGCUCAAUUGGACGUGCUGGAAGGUCUCUUCUCGAAGACUAGAUAUCCGGAUAUUUUUAUGAGAGAGGAAGUUGCCGUUAAGAUCAACUUGCCUGAAUCCAGAGUACAGGUAUGGUUCAAAAAUCGUCGAGCGAAAUGUAGACAACAAAUACAGCAACAGCAGCAGCAGCAGCAUCAACAACAGCAGCAACAACAAAAUUCACCUAAGGGUUCCUCGCCGAGAGCUAAUCAAGCGCAGAGCAAUGUUAAUCAAAACGGUAAAAUGGUGGCGACGACAAAUUCGUCCAGGCAAUCCAGCCGACGUUCCUCGCCCGUUUCCCCGCCACGUGGCCGAGAAGCUCCAAACUCUAACUCACCUUUGUUACCGACGAGCUCUUCUUAUCCUCGACUUGGUCUGACUCCGACCGGUGGCAGUGGUGCUAAUAGUGCUCUUACGACACCUUCUCCUCCGCUGACACCUGGAUCGAGUCAACUGCCACCAUCGGCCUAUCCUCUACCGAUUAACCAAAUACACCACACUGAUUAUAGUUUUGCGUGGAGUUCUGCUACGCCCGCAUCCGUGAAUCCGAAUCCGGUUUAUCCAGCGCAGACUUACAAUGCCUACUCGAAUGCGUACGCUACCAGCGAUUAUUAUCAAACUCAAAUAUCGCACAUGCAUCCUAGUCCACAGGGUAACUAUCAUCAUGCACAGUAUCACCAUAAUGUGGCUGUUAGCUCACCGUUAUCACAUCUAACCACUCAGCAGCAUCCUCAGCAUCAUCCUCAACAUCAGCAGCAUCCCCAACACCAUCACCAACAGCAUACACAACAUCCCCAGCAACAUACUCAACAACUUACCCAGCAGCAUACGCCGCAGCAUUCCCAGCAACAUACGCAGCAUACGCAGCAUACCCAACAACAUCAACAACCACCUACCCAGUCCAGCAAUAAUGAAAUGACCAAUGCUAAUGGUGACGCUGAAAACGAAGCUUACGUCCUACCGGAUCCUAAAUAUUCACCGAUAGUAUAGCGCUCCACUAGGUCCUCAGGGAUCUUUCAUCGUGGACAAGAAAUUAUCGGGAGCGUUCCUAAUUCAUUAACGGCAUCAUCUUUGUCUUCACCAUAUCAUUGGCGUAUUAACAAUGUACCUAUUUGUCAUGAAAUCAAUGGGAGCCUCGAUUCCUCCGAUGACAAUUAAUUCAAUAAUAUUUUGCUCGAUAAUUUAUCCACAACGGAUUUAAAUAUUUAUAAUUUUAUUUUUAUAUCGUUUUUUUAAUCUCUAAAGCAAGAAGUCUUAUCUUUUCUUUAAAAAAAAAAAAA